CUCCCGGAAGUUUUUGUUUCCUCACCUGUCAGUUUCUGACACGGUACGCGACUCCAGCGCCGUCUCUUUGUUUUACCUCCGACACACCGGUCUGCUGUCUUCUCUCCUCCCGAUAAUACACGUCGAUGUCCGGCUGUCGCACAGCGGAGGAGAGCACCUGAGACGGUCCGUGGGAGCGAGAGGAUAAAGCCGACGCAGAUCCCUCCCAGGUCUGUGAGCUGCUGCGGAGUCGGCCUGUGCAGGCAUGGAGCCCCUGGCCGUGGACGACGACAUCUGCAUCCUGAAACACGAGACGGCCUACACCGCCGCCGGAGAGAGCCCCGUGUCCGUGUGCGCCGGCGAUGAAUCCAACGCUUCCCACUUCGCCCUGGUGACGGCCUACGAGGACAUCAAGAAGAGGCUGAGGGACACCGAGCGGGAGAACACCUUGCUGAGGAAGAGGGUGAAGCAGCUGGAGGACAAGCUCUUCCGGCCAGAGGCUCCUCCAUCAGAGGGUCCCCAGUACGUAAACAAGGCCUUCAGUGCUUACCGAGGUAUCUACAUAGAGAAGGAGGACAUGCAGAUGGAGCUCAACAAACUGAAGAAAGAGAAGAGCGAGAGUGAGCGGCUGCUGACGGAGCAGCUGCAGGCCAGAGAGCUGGAGCUGCUGCAGCUGAGGACGGAGAUGGAGACCAGCCAAGGUACAGUGAUGAGGAGCCUGAGCAGCCCUCAGGACUACUGGCAGGUGGACCGCGAGGGCAACGACCUGCAGAUCCUCACGCUGCAGCAGGAGCUGGACCGCCUCACGCUGGAGAACAGCAGGCUGCUGGACGGGAGAGGGGAGGAACGCCACGGCCUCGACGGGCCGGACCCGGAGCAGAGCGGCGACGGCCAGCAGAACACGAGGGAGAGGAGCAUGCAGCAGACGUACGAGGCCUUGAGCUGCGAGGUCGCUCGUCUCCACGGCGAGCUGAAGCACCAGACGGGCCUCAUCAGGAAACUCCGGCCGCUCGUCGGCGAGACCAGACAAGCCUCCUCGGUCCCGGUCCAGUGUCUCGACGACGUGGAGAAGAACAGCAAGCAGCACCCGGGCCCCCGGCUGUCGGCGCCCCGCCCCCCCAGCGCCCCCCCGCUCCCCUCGUGCUCCGGCCGCCCCUGCCCCCCCGCCGGCCCCCCGCAGCCGGACAGCCUGCGGGAGGACUGCUGGUACGACGGGCCCUGGCCCUCCCAGAGCGGCUCCGGGGAGGCGCUGCCCCCGCCCCCCCUGAACCAGGCCUCCCUGGACGACAGCUCGCGCUCCUUCCCCAGCCCCCCCAAGCCCAGCGACGCCAUGUUCUGGGAGGGGCACCCCGCCGCGGCCGGCUCCUCGUCCUCCAUCGGGAACAUCGGCCCCAGGAGCCCCCCCGCCGCCGAGUCGGCCAAGCCCUACUGAGGCGGACCCCCUCAUUGCUACACCCGACCUGCCUUAAGUUGACCUCUUGGCUGGAGCUGCUGCUGGGGCCCGAUAGGGCCUCCUUCCUGUCGGGGGGGAGACCCUGAACUCGUCUCCUGCAGGAGCAGCGAGACCCCCCCCCCCCCCCCCCGGCAUGCAGACGGCCAUUUUAUUUGAUCAGAAGCGAGCGCGGUGCGUCCGGACGUGAUGAACCCGAGGGCCCCCGAGGGCCCCGGCGUUGGACUAGAGUUCUGAAACCACUCCCUCCAACUGUCUUUCCAUGUGAGGCUGUCGUGUCUCGCGGCGCCGUGACGACUCUGAUCUGUUUCCGCCGGCAGACGAGCAGCAACCGGGAGAAUCAAGGUGGAGUUUUUUUAAACGGCUUCCAAAUUGCAUCUUCUGUUUUAAUUUAUUUGUUCCUGUUUUUAUUAAAAGCCCUUUACGGAUCAAAGUCGGCCGUCGGUCCACCGCCGCUUGCCAAAUAACGUUUGAGAAUUCACUUCCGGGGUAAUAAAAGGUUUCCACGUGAAGGACUCGAGGAAACGGAUUCCCUCUCACGGAGUCUGAUCAGAUGUUUCAGUCGGAGGAGAAACGACUGGAGGAAGACCUGAAGGAGUGCCCCCCCCCCUCCUGAGCCGUCACUGGAUCAAAUAAAGGCUCACGGUUGAUGUUCUUGA